CCACGAUCGCUAGGACAUUUGACUCAGAGAUGAGCGUCUUGUACGGCCAAGACGUCUUGCGGCUGGAGUGCGUGGCUGACGGGAACCCCAAACCCCGGGUGUGGUGGAGGCGGAACGACACUAACGGUCUGUACGAGAACCCGCUCACCCUGUCUCCCAUGGACUACAGGGCCGAGGGGCUGUACGAGUGCGUAGCGGACAACGACGCUUUCCCCGAGGCGAGAAGACGAACCAAAAUUGAUGUAAUAGGCAGACCGGACGUUCUGAGCGAGCCGGCGGUGAUAUCCGUGUCGGAAGGCGAGCAGGUCGUCCUGACCUGUAACAUCUCGGCUGACCCCGUGUCAGAGGUCACCUGGAUCCUCAGGAGGCCCGACGGCGGCGAGGCCAGGUACAAGGUCGGGGAGACGGGUCACGUCAGGGUCACGGCGCAUGCGGGAAGCGUCAUGUGCAGCGAGUUGAGGAUUGAGUCCACGUACGCGUCUGACGCUGGAGAUUACAUGUGCAAGGCAACGAACAUCUUCGGGUCGGAUCAACAGGAGUUCAGAGUCAGCGUCAAAGCCUCCCGCACCAUGGUUAUCGCCAUCUCCACUGCGGCAGCUGCAUCCGGGACAUUGCUGCUCAUCAUGAUCAUAUUUUGUUUCCGCUGGUGGUUGCGCAGGCGCAAAACAUCAGCCACUGCUGCCAAGACUUCAGAAGCUUUCAUCCGCUGCCCGGCCUCGGAGACGAAGAAACCGGUCAAUAACUACUGCGAAAGCCCAAGACUAAAGGCGAGUAUGGUGGAGGUUCACCAGCUGAACGGUGCCCUGAAGCAGCGGACCUGCUCGACUCUUGUGGACGACGACUCUCCCUGUGACGAGCUGUUCUUCCCAUUCCCCACAGAAGUGAGAAAAGAGUACGUGACGUUAGACAGACGGCUGUGCGGGGAGGACGACAGCCUCACCUGGGACAGCACCUACUACAUCCGGGAACUGCAGAAACUGCCCACCAACACCAAGGAAAAGCAUCACGGCACGACAUCCAGAAGACGAUCGAACCAAGACAACAACACGGGGGGACAACAGCUGGACCGGUCUGGUUCCAGACAGCACGUCGACACGCCCACAAUAAAAGACCAUCACCGCGCCCGACCCGACUUCGUCCCCCGCACAGAAAGUCAGCGCAAACUGCGGACUUACAGAGCCGACAUCAGACCCCCGCACUCUGGUACGGCGUACAACGAGAACCUAAAGAACCAUCACGUGGACCGAGGGGGUAAAUCUACGGACAAAUCACCCGGGACAUACAGCCCGGAGAGAUCACAAACAAGAGACAUUAUAACUGGUGUAGACUAUAGGGCCCCCCGUCAACAUCCGGAACCCAAUAGGCCUCGGUCCUCACGCCCGAGACGACCGGAUGUGCACAGACCCGGCCACGGCAGGGCGUACAGAGACCAUUACAUCAGGGAAGAGGAUCUAGAGUAUGACGACUAUCAGGACAGACAAACACAGAGAAAGAAACAACUUGUGGCUACUUUUGACCCCGUCGGACAAUAACUGACGAAUAUACAUUACAAUGUUCAAAGAGUAUCCAGUCUUCUUUUUUCCUGUUUGAAAGUAAGUUAUGACUAACAAUGAAUACGGACAUUGACCGCAGCAGUUGGAAGUCAACACUUGUGAUGUGGGAUGUAUCUUCAGUCUUCACAGUCCGCCCAUGACGUUUGUUCCAUCCGUAACUCUGAAUCUUGUGUCAAACCUGCCGACAUGUCUCGUUCUGCUGAGCCUGUACAAACAGCCGUUCUCUCUGUCCGGAUUACGCCGAGACAAGUCGGAAAUCAAGACAAAUUUCCCAUUCUCUACAUUCAAAGAACAAACCCGUCUCUGCCCUGUGGAUGAUGGAGUGCGCCCACUUCCGUGAUCUCCUGGGAUACAAAAUUACCAGCGGUUUGGGAAGAAUGGCUGAUCAGAUACGACAAGUGCAUUAUUCUUGCGUGUGGCUUCAGCGGUGGAAGCAAUUAGCAUUCUAUACGGAAACAAUCAGAGGACUGCUAUGAAAAAUUUACAAGCGCGUGCUGUCAAUGGGUGUUACUUUUUCCUGUUGUUACCAGUGUCAAAGAACUUUUAAAACCGCCAUACCCAACAGUUCUUUAUGUACCCUGGAGUAUUACAUCAAUCCCUGUGGGCUCUUUGCAGGUCAAAGUUUUUAGGAAAGUAGCGAAGCAAAUUUCCGCCGAAUUGCCGUAAAGGUUUGCGAGGGAUUUCGCCGCCCAGACAGUCCAGUUAAGUGUGGGAGAAUCACCAUAUCCAGCUCGUUGUUUUGAAUUUCUGUGGCGCCUCCGAGCACAAUUUUGACAGAGCCGGGCUUCAGGUCCAAUUAUUGGACACUUCCAGAGAAGCUCCUUAUCACGAAACCUAUCUGUAUCUCAUACAUGAAUUCUGUCGCUACUUUUUUGCAUCAUCAGCGAUCUACUGAUAAUGAUCGCCAAAAAUAUGUGUAUUUUGUGAUGUAGUACGUCUCUUCUUUAGAGCCUGGAAAUCUGUAUAGAUAUUUGUUGCUAACGGUUUGAAAUCUGCUUGGUUAAGGUGAAGGACAAUGCAGAUAAUAUCUAAAUAAUGCACAGCAACGCUGCCAACUAUUUCCCCUCAAAUUUACUGUGUGCGAUUCCACUUCCAUUCAGGAUCAGCAUCAGUUUAUCCGUCAUAGCACCCACCAAUCGCAGGGGUACACUUAAGAAGAUAGAAUGGCAAUCCAUAACAGUUCUACAGGAUUGUAAUUCAUCGCUUCCGCACAUCAUUUGUGCGCAGGAAGUCAGUCAUCCAUUAGAAGUGUUCUACGCUGCCUUGUGUUCAUCAACUUGACAAAACUUUUCACUCGGUGACAAGCGUCGAUAUUUCAUACAGGAUUAUGGAGUUUAAGGAAAUACUUGAUCUUCUACCACUGAUUGCGAACUGUCAACAUGCAAAGAUUAUGUAUUUUUGUUUGCAUGUGAGUCAAAUAAUGAUUAAUCUUG